GAUAAGCUGACUUAGGACUGAUUUCAGAUUUUUCAGAUUUCUUGCUGAUCGCGCAUCACUAUUGGUAAAUAAGAUAAAACUGUCUAAAGUUUGAUUUUAUAUACAUGACUGUAAUAACUGUUCUCUUUGAAAACGAAAACUGGUUAACAAGUUAACAUGGCGGAAGGAAGAACUUUUUCGCAAAGUGUGAUCGGUGCCUCUGAGGAAAUUUAUGAUUACAACUGUUCGCCGUGUGAAGAAUCUGGAGUUUAUAAGGAAGCACAUAAAUACUGUGAUAGUUGUAAACUAUAUUAUUGUAAGAAAUGUCUCGGCGAUCACAAUAAAUUUCCGGCUUUAAGGGGUCAUUUGAUAAAAGAUGUGACCUCUAAACCAAAAUCUGCUGUUCGAACUGGGGCACCAGGCGUAUCCGUUCCAGCACCACAAAUUGAGCCGUGUGAGAACCAUCCUGAAGAAAUGAUAAAGAUGUUUUGUAGUAAACAUGAUGUUGUCUGCUGCACUAUUUGUAUAGCACUCGAUCACAGAGAAUGCACAGAACUUCACUACAUUCUAAACCUGGCUAAAGAUAUCAGAACCAGUAAAGAAUACAUCGACUACGUGAAAGAGGUGACAAGAAUCAAAACCAUGUUUGAAGAAACUAAACAGUCCAUCCAAGAUCAAAUACAAACAAUGAGCACUGUUAAAACUGAAAUUAUCAAUGAAAUAAAAGAGUACAAAAGAGAGUUAGUUUCAAGAAUAGAAGAGCUUGAGAGUAAGUCGAUUAAAACUGUGAAUGAAAGGCAUAAGGAACUUACAGAAAGAAUGAAUGAUACUGCAAGCCAUGUAGAUAGAUUGUUAGACAAGGUAACAAGUCUUGUGAGAGAGAUAGAUAAUAUGGGAGAGGCGCAACUGUUUAUUCAAAUGAAAAAAAUGAGAUUAAUGAAAGACGAAAAAGGUAAGAUUGACAAAAAUCUUCAAACGUUUGCAGGACUUAGUUAUUCAUUAGACGACAGUAUUAGAAAUGCUCUCGAUAAUGUCGACGAUCUUACUGUCGCAAAAGUCCCUCUCAAAAUUAUUUCGAAGAAAGAGUACGAUAUUAUUUUCGAUAAUGACAACUACGGCACGUACAAUGUGCAUGAUAUAUGUAUCUUGAAUGAUGACACUGUGGUCAUGACCUGUAAAGACAGACUGAAACGAUUUAGCGGGUCAUUAAAAAAACUAGCUAAUAUACCGGUUCCAGGGGAAUUGUAUGGUAUAUGUAAAACUUCAAGAUCAAAAGAAUUAGCUAUUGCAAUACGAGACAAGCAAAGAAUACAGUUUGGUCAGUACAAUGCUAAAAAUAUGUCACUGAAAAAAUCGUUCAAAGUAGGUGUUUCAUGCAAAGGUAUUUGCUGUAGAGAUGAUAACCUUUUCGUCACUUGUGGCGGAGGCGACAUUGACAAAGUCCAAGGUCAUUUAAGACAGUAUGAUAUGAAAGGUAACCUUAUCUGCACAAUUGACACUGACAAUACCGGCCGGCGAAUCUUCACAUCUCCCCGUCUAAUGACACUUGAUUCUAGCGCAAAUAACAUAUAUAUAGCAGACAGACACAACGGAAUAAUUGUAAUUGACAGGAAUGGAAAGAUAAAAAGCCAUUUGUAUGAUUUUUCUUUGAAAAAUGGUUUCGGUAUUUGUCUUACAACUACAAAUAAGAUACUUGUUUCUGGGUAUGAUUCCUAUAGUAUACAUCAAUAUGAUAAGAAUUUUAGGUAUAUUGGAACAAUCUUGAACUUAACAGAUAAAGUGCAUAAGCCUAUAGGCAUACUAGUUGAUGAAUCAAAGAAACGGUUAAUUGUUGGCUUGGAAAAUCACAAUAAAGUCUACGAGUACGGUUAUGACACUACAUGUUAGUAAUAUAGCGGAAAUAUGGCCAAACAUUGGCAUGUGUCUUCGUAAAAUGUCCUCGUUAAAAGAUCCUGUUUUGCCGCGUUCCGUUUCGUUCAAAUGCAAAAUCAAUGUCACUGACAAAGUAGUUUACAUCGGCCAUUCAAUGCCAGGCAGUUUAUGUAAAAUGACAACUUUCGUCAUCUGUUGCGGCGGCGACAAUUAUAACGUCUAAUGUCAUAUUAAAAGGGUGGUUCAAAAAGUAACCAAAUUUGUACAAAUACACUAGAGCGGUCGUAGUGAUUCAUUUGAUACACUGACUAUAAAAUUAAGGGUGGUAACUUCGAUCCUCUGCUACUCCAACUAAGUCUGAUAAAAAUCCCGUAUGUAGGUGUUUUGCAAAUGUUAAGCUGCUAGUGCUAUCCUGCACUAUGUUAUUAGUAAUGUAAUGUUCUUGUGGGUUCUUAUAUGAUAUAAUCUUAUAUACUAGUAGUCAUUGGACUAGAAAGACACAAGUCACUUUGAUAGUUACUAAAUCUAUUCUAAUUUUAAAAUUCAACAACAAUUAUAUUGGUAUCAGAGAGGCAGUUACAGUAGGCGGGGCUCAUCAUAGCAGUAGGCAGCUUGCUGACCAAUAGUCUUAAUACAUUACAAUGCCUCUGUACGAGUCGUGGCUUAUUUUAAAUACAAACGAGCAAACAGUCAGUUGACACAAACACGUUUCCUCUUCUAGCACAUGUAACAUUUACUUAGCGGACAUAGACAGUGUAAUAAGUUCUACAGGACAAGAAUGGUAAAAUUACUAACCAUUUGUAUGAUUUUUUUUCUGAAGAAUCGUUUUAUUGUAUGUUUUAACUACAAACAAUCUACAACAUCAUUUUGUGGCUAGCCAGUAUUCCUAUAGUAUGCAGCAAUAUAAUACAAAUUUCAUUUAUGCCAGAACAAAGGAGAACUUCAAGAAUGAAAUGAUUUGUCCUUUAUACAUACUGCUAACAACAGGAAUUUCUAAGCUUGGUGAAGAUUGAUGAAGUCGAUGAAUGUUAAAUGAGACUCUAUAAAAUCAAACAUGGCGGGUCAUUUGUUGUAAUUUGGUCUUUAUGUAUGCUUUUGGAACUUGACCUUGAUACAGUGGAAGUAGUUUAAUUGGAUACAGACUAAAACGGAGGUUGUUUAAUUUCGUAUCUGAACAAGGACAAUGCAUUGAAUUUGCUUAUAUUUCUAAAAUUGAACAUAUACACUGUUAGCUACGAUAAAAAUCUUUCUUUGUUUUCAUCAAGUCACCCCCCCCCCCCCCCCCCACACACACACACUUCCUACGUCUGCAAACCUCAAGGGACGGCGUUUUUUCAGAGAUACCAAUAAUUAUGCCUUUAAUUCGUGCCCGAACAUGAAUAUGAGGACACUUUUUUGUCUAAUCAUCAUAAUUAGGGUCAAAAAAACAAGAAAGCAUUGCGCUAAGCACAGAUGAUCAUACCGAUUUGCAUGCCAGAGGGUAUUGAAACCUAGUGCCUGUGUGAGAGUGUAAUAGUUUUGUUUUCCGUUUUUAUUAGUGUGAGUGAAAUGUUACAUUUUGAUAUUCUUUUACAUGAGGUGUAUAAGUUAUUUCAAUUAUUAUGCUCUCUCUAUAUCAAUUAAGAACGGACCAUUUGUUUAAGAUUAAUGAGAACAGCUUUUAUCUGCCUUUAAGACUUUCUUAUAGAUAAGGAAUAUUGCUGUCGAAACAUGUGCACUAGUAUGAAAUGCCAUACACAUUUAUAACAGUUCCGGGCCGUUCCAGUGUGAUUAUUUCUAUAUCUGCAGAAGUAUUAUGCAGGGGACUCUUGUUUGUUUCAAUAAUGUUGCUUGUGAUAUGUUUUGAGAUAUCAUUUUAUGCAAAUACUUACAUUUUUUAUUUUAAGCCCUGCUCCCGUCCUACCUUUUAACCUUGAAUUGUCACUGAAAAUGCAUGAAUAUCCUGACUAUGAACAGUGACGCCUGUCAAAAUAGAGUCUAUUUUAUAUAAAAUUCUGUAUGAAAUACCUGUGUUUUGCAUGCUAUAGUGUGGUACGUGGCCGUUAACUGUUACCUAUUGUAAUCUUGGGUUGCAUACCCACAAAAGAAUUUGCAUAGCCGCGGAGCAGGGCUUUAAGGCAACAUUUCAACAAACAUUAACAAGGGCAAACUUGCCUAAAACUUAUUUCUCCUAAUCUGCAGCAUCGAGGUUGGACCAUCUACGAAUGGGUUAGUUUUACUGUUAGUCUAUUUAUCGAACCCUUAUGUACAUUUUAAUUAUUUUUAAAUAAGUAAUCUGUAGCUCAGUCCUGAAAAGAUAAUGCCCUGUUACACCGUAAAUAAACUUCACAUAUAUGCCAAUUUCUUUAAUUUUGAUAAAAAGAUAGUAAGAUUACAAAGCUUUCUAUAUUGAAUUGAAGAUCAGAUUAGUGUUGUCUGUGAAAGUGAAACUGUUUUAUAUCAACAACUUUUCUUUUUAAUAUACAUGAACUGUUUAGAUAUAGAAACAACUUGUCCUCGUUAAUGGUUUGUUAGUAGGUUAACAUAUUAAGUACUUAACCAACUAAUGAUGAUUUCCUCAAACUGAAUUUGAUUUUGAUUGUUUUAGUGUUAAGUGUUUCUUAAUUGUUUUCUGUAAAACUUCCUUGUAUUGUCGCUACUGUUCAUCGUAAUAGGUCACUUGCCGUGAAAUAAGAACUGCGUGAAGUAUAAGACAUACAACAUUCUCCAAACACGGAUGUUGCGCUGCACAAAAUGCGGCAUUCGUCUUUGAAAUUUAAGAGUAAAGAAAAGAAGAAAGAAAAUAAAAUGUCACGACAUUCGACUUUUAACAAAGUAAAAUGAAUGUCGUACUCGAUAUUUGAUAUUUGAAUUUUGUCUUUUUAUGAAAGAAAAAGAUAAAUGUCGCACGGCACCACAUUUGACAUUUGGCAAAAACAAUACUAGUAUGUCUCGCUGUAAGGCAUUUAUUUUAGAAACGGCAAAGGACUUCUGAUCUAUACUGUAAUAUCUGAGAACGAGUUCCUGAGGCACAGUAUCGAUGCUGAUUCUUAUCGAACGCGUUAUCAUUUUACGUAUGACUGUUUGGCUCACCUCCAUCAAAGAUUUAACGUGAGCUAUUGUGAUCGUUCGUUAACCAUCGGCUUGCGUUAGCUUUUCACCUUUUAUACGACCUCAGCUAAGGAUCAUCAUAAAACUUGGUCUGUAGCGUCCUUAUAGGGUCGUCUAUCAAUUUUGACUGAUUAAAUUAGGAACUGACAGAGCUGAAAAAAAAAUCGAAAUCUUCUCAUGAAUGGCUUGAUGAAUCAUCUUUGUCUGUAGCAUUCAUGUAAGGUCUUCUCUCAAAACUGUUCACUUUGACUGAUAUUAGGCACCACCAGAACUAAAAAACAGAACCGCCGUUAAACGACUACGUCUUAUGAACCACUUGAUGGUUCAACACGAAACUUAGUCUGUAGCAUCAUUGUAAAGUCCUCUUCCGAUUUUAUUCAAACGGUUUCGCUUUACUGAUAUUAGGCGCUGUCAGUGCUAAAAUAGAAUCACCUUUAAAUGACUUCUUCUCAUGAAUCGCUUUAUGGAUAAUCACCAAACUUAGUCUGUAGCUUUCUUUAAGGUGCUCUCUCGAUUUUGUUUGACAAAUGGUUCCACUUUACUUGUUGUAAGGGCCACCAGAGCUGAAAAAGUAGAAAAACCUUUAUAACUUCUUCUAAUGAACUGAUAAAUGGAUUAUCAUCAGAUUUGGUCUGUUGCAUACUUUUAAGGUCCGCUCUCAUGUUUGUUCAAAUAGGUCCGCUUGACAUUUUUAGGGGCUGCCGGAACUAAAAAUAGAAAAAUCAUUUAAAUUAAACAUAGUUUUUGCCUUUCAUGAUUUAGUGUGUCAUUCAUAUCAAGGCCAAAAAGUCAAUGUCAGGUGAGCGGCUUAGGGUCACUACUUGCAUAAAGACACAGUUUGCAGUGACUGGAAUGGCCUAUGGCUGGAAACCAAUGCAUGGAUAAGAAUGGGUUCUUAUAAUGGAGUAGCCUAUAUAAAUAUAUAUAUAGAUGUUUACGCUGAAAAUUGUCUAUUUUUUAUUACUUUAAGAAUGUCUACUGUAAUAUGUGCUUUAUCAUGCUCACUCAAACAAUUUCUGUCAUUUUCAUUUGUAAGGUCGCGUGAGUUUCGAUAGACAACUACUCGUAUUUAUCAUGCAUUGGAAUUCGACUACCAGUUUGAUAAACCAUGAAAAUUCCAUUGUCACGAAAUAAUAUGUGUUUAAACUACUGAAACAUUUGUUAAGCAAAAUGUUACAUGCAUUUUCUUUUCUUGUAAGAUUAGAUAUUAUACAUGUAUUCAUGAAGAUGUGAUUUAUCUUUUUAUUGCUAAUUGUUAGUUAUCACUAUUUUCCAUCAGUGUAAAAUAAAAAUAUGCAUCGUCAAUUAUUCAAGCAAUAAAAACAAUAAAACAAA